ACUCGAAUCACAGCCAUAGCAGUACCGCACUUGUUUAAAGAUGGCUGCGAAGCCGAAUUUCAGGGACGUUACUCCACUUCUUUCUCGACUUAGAAACUGGCUUUUGAGUCACGAUGAGUUAAAAACUACUCACCGGUAUGAAGGUUUCAUUGGAAAGAGGACACAGCCUCUUCCCAACCUCCCUCCUGGCGUCUCCCACAAGCUGAGUAACAACUACUACCUGACUCGUGACGGCCGGCGGGAGGUGGCGCCACCUGCUGCUGUCUUUGACGCCUCCAAGAACCUUUUGGAAGCAGGGGAAUCGUCCGGCCCCAAAAAGCCAGCCUUGCCCGGGUUUUCGUACAACUGGCAGACGGGCAGAUUAGAAGAUGGAGUCAAGAAGUGAUCAGAAAGUGAUGUCUGUGGGUCCGUAUAGAGGCUAGUACCAGUGUUAUGUGUUGCUGCCUUGAGUAGCCAAUAGUGUGUACAUAAAACUAAAUAGAAUGAUGGAUUUUGUCUGCUUCUCAAAGAGAGAAAGCGAAUAAAUUUUAGAAAAACAA